AGUUAUGAGCGAACGAUGCCCUUCAAUUUAAUACUCGUCUCAAUCGGUCGCUUGUCUGCGAAACCUUGCUACAGCACUUGUAUAUUCAACUGAACAGUUAUCACAACACGAACAAAAUACAAUGUCCGCUGUCACGGAAAUCGCCUCCCUCCACCUCAAGGCCGGCGUCGACCCAGACGUAGCUGCGAAAAAGGUCAGCUCGGUAGUCCUCGAGCAGCCCGGGUCUCUGUGCGUGCGCCAUUCGACCAGACAUGAGAACUCAGAGUAUAUCGCACUCUUCAUCGACUGGGAAGCCCUAUCGGCGCACGAGAAAUUCAUGCAGACACCAGCCUACGGCCCCUUCAACGAGGAUAUAGGCGGGGUCAUCCAAGGCGUGCCUUCUAUCUAUCACGUGCCAUUCGUUCCCUUCCCACCUACUGUCCUCAGCAAUGAUGGCGGGCGUGGCAAAACGGCAGUCGCUGAGGUUAUUCAUGCGUACUUCCCUGCUGAUCUCGAUCUGGAGCAGCAGCAGGAAGUCCUGGCCCAGGCUCAAGAGUUCCUUGACGAGAGCAAGAAGAUCAACCCGAAGGGCUUCAGCGGAGAGGUGGCACACGGCUUUGCGUUGGAAGACAUAGAAUUCGACGGUGCAAAGUCGCGGGUUCUAGUACUGGUUUUGGGAUGGGACAGUGUCGAUGCACACCUCGCGUAUCGCGAGACGGACGAUUUUGCGAGGACCAUUCCGCUUUUGCGAACUUUGCCUCGGCGGAAAGGCAUCGAGGUGUGGCAUGUGGCUAACAAGGUAGCUACGAAAUAGACGGGAACGACAUUGAGCGAGCCGUUCAGAUCUGCUUGUAAUUACGGGCCCAAAUUAGAGAGGCAAAGUGUGGUAUUAUACAUCAAUCCACACAGGUGAGACGAAAAGAUAGAUUAAACUUAUUUGGGUAGUCUUUUGUAUGGAAGAUGGUGGCACGCCCCAAUAAAUUUAUUGAAGUCGCCCUUGCAAGCCUGGUCACACUGGCGAAGAAUAUGAUAAAGGUAUCUUUUCUUACCGGCCAUGUCCUCUCCCCCAAUUCUCCUCAGAGUUCUGUACUGCUUGAAUUCAGUCUUGGAUCAACCUCAAUAAGGACAAAGGGACCAGGGGCAGGGUUCCUGAUCAAGCGAGUGCAAUGCUUAGCAUGGUGAAGCGAAUCAAAGAAGGCUUCCAUGACAGCACCGGUGUCCC